AUGAAUCGACAGAGGAAAAUAAAUCUGAAAAGACUUCUUAGUAUUAUUGUUUUUGGAGUCAUCGUUCAUUUGAUCAUAUUAAGUUUGACUCCAAGAAAACUAGACACUGACUUUGUCGAAUGGGAUGGACGUUUCGAGAAACUUCAAAAAUCUUUCGAACGAAAGCAAAGAAUUAAGAAGCAGUCCCUUCCUAGACAAAAUAUGGUAUUAUUACAUAAUCGCACAAUUAAGACUACUACCUCUAAAUUUCACGCACCGGCAGCUGACAUCGACGCCAUUUUGAAAGAAACUGACCCGAUAAAAAGGGCAAAUCCCGAUCUAAUGGAAAUGGAAGGCAUUAAGAGAAAGCCAAAGCCGCCAAAACGACAGAAACCCGCAAUUGUGGAAGCUGAAAUGCCAUCAAACUCAAAUGAGGAUCCUGCUCUACAAAACCUUGGGAAAUUAUUUAACUCACUUGAAAUAAAUGUAAAAAUGGCCGUGGAUAGGUACAACCAAAAUUCACUACAUAAGUAUUUAAGGAUAUUGGAAGAGAGUUCCAUUCCCAGUAAAGUUGAUCCAGACCUACGUAUCAUUGUCCUAACGCUAUCACGACCGUUAUCCUUAUUACGUUGUUUGGAACGCAUCAACGCAGCGUAUUUUUACGGUGACGUUGUAUUGGUUGACAUUUGGAUUGACCGUCUGGCGUCAAAGAAACACGAUGGCAAAGUUGUGCAAAUAGCUCGAGGAUUCAAAUUCGAGCACGCAAUAAAACACAUUCACUUCCGUGACUCCCAUGUAGGAAUACGUGAACAAUGGAUAAACACUUGGACACCACGGAAGAAAAGCAAAGAAAUAGCUGUUAUUUUGGAAGACGAUGUUGACGUGUCGCCUUAUUUUUACAAGUGGUUAAAAGCGACACACAAGCAGUAUGACCAUCGGGAGGAUGUCAGUGGAUUUGGUUUAUCCACCGUAUACCCAGAUCCAUUGGCAAUAGAGCCCGAUAACUGCACUAGGCAUCAACCUACAAAUCCAAUCCGCUGUGCUAUUGACGUCCCCCUAACCUCUCCAGUCUACAUGUACAGAAUCCCGACAACCUGGGGGUUUAGCCCUCAUAGAAAAAGUUGGGAAUCCUUUCAACACUGGUACAAAAACGUUUCGACUAUUGCUGGAUUCGAACCUAAGGUACCUGGAUUAAAACAUACUGAAUGGUUUGAAUAUUUUGGUGAUUCGAUGUGGUCAAUGUGGCACAUUUAUUACACACAUAUAAACAAGCGUUUCUGCAUCUUUCCUAAUUUACCAUUUGAUUCAAAGUUUGCCGAUCAUAGAGCUGAAGUAGGACUUCACGUAUUCGAGAAAAAGAAACGAAAAAAAUCGAAACGAAUAAUUCCCCUAGUUAUCAACUGGGAUGAUAAAAUCUUAGACAAACUGCCUGAUGAUCCACCUAAGGUAGAUUACGAUGGGACGAUUAUGAUGAAUGAAACAUACAAACAUCCUUGAAAUCGUAAACGAAUGGUAGUGAUCGUCCGCACAAUGCUUGCAUCUGCUGUUUCAACAAACGUCCGCACACUGCUUGCAUCUGCUCACAAACGUUCGCACACGUUUGCAUCUGCAUAUUGCUUGUCAAUGUGUCUGUUGUUUCUGUGCCAAGAGAGAAGCGAUGCCAUUAAUGGUAGUUUCCAAUGUGCCUUCUCUCGCUUGCAUAUUUGUUUUAUAUCUUCUCCCGUACACGUUCAUCAACUUCGAUUGCUUUCAUCC